AAACCCCUGAAAACUAAGCCAUGCCAUCUUCUGAAAGGCAGAGAAGUUCAGCCCUCUGACGGGGCCAUGAAUCCGAGGCAGGUUUUUCUGUCCGUGCUGGUUUUUGGAGUAGCAGGCCUACUCCUCUUCAUGUACCUGCAGGUUUGGAUUGAAGAGCAACACCCAGGAAGGAGAGAAUCCAGCCAGUCUUCGCCCAGACCAAGUAAGUAA